CACAAGUCGAAACCUAACGCGACGCACGGUUCGCCCCGCGCCGCAGCGCUGCUCACGCGCAUACGCAUUCCCCCUCUCCUCUCCUUUAUAAAUCCCCCGCGCGCCGGCGGCCGGCCGGUGACCACCAACCACUCUACCACAACCAUUACGCUAUCCGCCACGAGCAAGCGAGCGAGAGCGAGGCAAAGCAAGAAGGCGACCUCACCAAAUAAUCCCCCACCACCACAAGAAGCAGGGGCGCGCCAUGGCGAGAGCCGCUACCGUGGCGGCGGCGUCGUCCGCGCUGCUGCUGGCGCUGCUCCUGGCGCUGGCGUGGGGAGCCGCGGCGGGGGCGGGGGAGGUGCCGCUCGGCUGGGAGCUCGGGGUCGGCGUCGGCGGCGGCAGCGGCGACGACGACGGCUUCGGGUUCUCCGGGGCGGCGGCUGACGGCGCCGCGGUGGUGAGGCGGGUCCUGCAGGGGCGGGGCUACAUCAGCUACGGCGCGCUGCGGCGCGACACGACGCCCUGCUCCGUCCGCGGCGCCUCCUACUACAACUGCCGCCCCGGCGGCCAGGCCAACCCCUACUCCCGCGGCUGCUCCGCCAUCACCCGCUGCCGCGGCUGACCGGCCUCCACCACCACCAACCCGCUGUUCGAACUGGAUUCAAAGUUCGUUCGUUGCUCCUCUCCGUCUACUCGCUAGUUCGUCUUCUUCAUUUUUUUCUCCCCUUCCUUACUCUUUUUUUUUCUCCGCCCUGUUUUAACCGUGAAAGAAGAAGCACAAUUGGUCUGGAUCGGUGCCCAGGAAUCGAAUCGAGUGAAUAAGAUUUGUGUCACUCCAGUCCUGUAUGUGGAUUCUAAUAAUAUUAAUAAUCAAGUUGUGUAUAAACUGGUGGAUAGAUUUAUCGUUCAA